UGAGUAAUGAACCGCCUGUGUCCCCCAACCCAGAACAGAAUGAAGGAGAGUCUGGCCCUGUUUGGCACAAUCCUGGAACUGCCCUGGUUCAAAAGCACAUCUGUCAUCCUCUUCCUCAACAAAACCGACAUACUGGAGGAGAAGAUCCCCACCUCCCACCUGGCUACCUACUUCCCCAGCUUCCAGGGCCCGAAGCAGGACGCGGAGGCAGCCAAGCAGUUCAUCCUGGACAUGUACAGCGGCAUGUACGCCGGCUGCGCGGACGCCGCCGACGGGGGCAGGAAGGGCUCGCGCUCCCGGCGCCUCUUCAGCCACUACACGUGCGCCACGGACACGCAGAACAUCCGCACGGUCUUCAAGGACGUGCGGGACUCGGUCCUGGCCCGCUACCUCGACGAGAUCAACCUGCUGUGACCCAAGCCCCGCCUCCCCGGCUCGGACCAGCGAGCGGCCCUCCGGACCUGCGGGCGGGGCGGGGCGGCGCUCCGGGAGCCCCGAUGCCGCCCCGGUCGCUCCAGGCCCACGUGGCGGGGGGGCCACGAGUGAGUUGCGGAAAGCCAGUCGCCGCCGCUCCUCUGCCCUUUGCUAGGACAGCUCCUGGGGUCCCCACUCUUGACUCCUCGAAAAAGGAGCACCAUGGCCACCUGGGGUCCCCGGGGUGGAGGGAACGAUGAAGAGAGCAGAGGACGGAAGACUCAGGACCCCCGCUCCGGGUCUGUCCCCUCCUGGGAAGAAGUCCGGGACCCCCGGGGGUGGUACACCCGCUCAGGGAUCGGGCAGGGGUCCCGCAGGCCCAGGAACCGGACUCUGGCGCCCCUUAGUGGACAGGAGGUGGUAUCUCCCAGUUUGAGGUUUGGGUAGCUCAGAGGCCGCCCUUGGUGGGGAAGAGACCCUGGAAAACGGUGUUAAGAGCCUCAUGACUCGAAGUGUGUUCUGUUACGGUUUGCAGACGAGGGAAACGGAGGCUCACAGGUCUCCCCCUCUUCCCUAGGCUGGGGGCUGGGUGCGCUGCAUCUUACAACCUGUAUUUAUUCCCUCAUCUGCAGGGCCCCUUGUGAGUUGGACAUUAAAGAGAUGACAUUCUGGAGA